UAUUAUAAUUCACUCUCGGCUUCUCUUUCCCACUCCCAUUUCUCCCUCUUUCUCGCCGGAGUAUGAAGAACUCUCUGAUCUUCUUCGUUUUCUGGAUCGCUAUCUGUGCCACUCCGGUGACACCAGAUGCCUCCAAUCACCGCUACAGCGAAGGUGAUUUCGUCCCUCUUUACGCCAAUAAGGUCGGCCCAUUUCACAAUCCCAGCGAAACCUACCGGUACUUUGAUCUGCCUUUCUGCUCACCAGGUGAUGUAAAAGAGAAAAAGGAAGCUCUUGGUGAGGUGUUGAAUGGAGACCGUCUUGUCAGUGCUCCUUACAAGCUUGAUUUUAGAAGGGAGAAAGACACAGAAGUUGCUUGUAAAAGCAAGUUAUCCAAGGAAGCAGUUGCUCAGUUUCGAGCUGCAGUGAAGAAAGAUUAUUACUUUCAGAUGUAUUAUGAUGACUUGCCUAUAUGGGGUUUUAUUGGAAAGGUUGAUAGAGAAGGCAGAGAUGAUCCGAGUGAAUACAAAUACUUUCUGUUCAAGCACAUCCAAUUUGAUAUUUCCUACAAUAAUGAUCGUGUGAUUGAAAUUAGUGCUAGAAUGGAUCCUCAUUCUGUGGUGGAUCUGACAGAGGACAAGGAUGUUGAUGUUGAGUUCAUGUAUACUGUAAAGUGGAGGGAAACGGACACUCCCUUUGAGAAAAGGAUGGAUAAGUACUCGCAGUCCUCUUCGUUACCACAUCACUUGGAAAUUCAUUGGUUUUCAAUUAUUAACUCAUGUGUAACAGUUCUUCUUUUGACUGGUUUUCUUGCCACUAUUCUGAUGCGCGUCUUGAAGAAUGAUUUUAUGAAGUAUGCACAAGAUGAGGAAGCGGCUGAUGAUCAAGAAGAGACUGGUUGGAAAUACAUCCAUGGCGAUGUCUUUCGAUUUCCAAAAUACAAAUCAUUGUUUGCUGCAGCCCUUGGUUCUGGCACCCAGUUGUUUACCCUCACAGUUUUUAUAUUUAUGUUGGCUCUGGUUGGUGUGUUUUAUCCAUACAACCGAGGAGCUCUGUUUACCGCUCUGGUGGUCAUAUACGCACUCACGUCUGGGAUUGCAGGAUAUACAGCAUCCUCAUUCUAUUGCCAACUUGAAGGAAGCAACUGGGUGAGGAAUCUGUUGCUGACGGGUUGCCUUUUCUGUGGGCCUCUGUUUUUCACAUUCUGCUUUCUGAACACUGUGGCUAUUGUUUACAAAGCAACCGCUGCACUUCCCUUCGGCACAAUUGUGGUGAUAGUUCUCAUAUGGACAUUGGUAACAUCACCAUUGCUUGUUUUGGGUGGUAUAGCAGGAAAAAAUAGUAGGAUCGAAUUCCAAGCUCCAUGCCGCACAACAAAGUAUCCUCGAGAGAUUCCACAGUUACCUUGGUAUAGGAGUACUGUUCCUCAGAUGGCAAUGGCAGGGUUCCUUCCCUUCAGUGCUAUAUAUAUUGAGCUUUACUACAUAUUUGCUAGUGUCUGGGGUCACAAGAUAUACACAAUUUACAGCAUUCUUUUCAUUGUCUUCAUCAUCCUUCUCAUAGUGACUGCUUUCAUUACCGUGGCUUUGACCUACUUUCAACUAACCGCUGAAGAUCAUGAAUGGUGGUGGAGGUCUUUUCUAUGUGGUGGGUCGACUGGCCUGUUCAUCUACGGUUACUGCCUGUACUAUUACUAUGCUCGCUCGGAUAUGUCUGGUUUCAUGCAAACCUCUUUCUUUUUUGGGUACAUGGCUUGCAUCUGCUAUGGAUUUUUUCUGAUGCUCGGAACCGUAGGCUUUCGUGCAGCCCUGUUCUUUGUUCGCCACAUCUACCGGUCGAUCAAGUGCGAGUAGCAGAUUUGGUCCCUUGUUUUUGCUUGGGAGGGAGGAAGGAAACACGUUGGUUCACUUUCAUCCCUCUGUUUUAGUAAGAGGCUCCGCUCUUGUGUUGGCUUGUAGUUAGGUACAACUUACUGAACGUUUAGCAUCUUCAUUCUGGGAUCUUUUCAGAUUCCAAAGCUUUUUGACAGAUUUUGGUCGUCUUUGUUCCUCGUUUUCAAUUUUGUGGACGGAAGGAUAUCAGCUCUGUUAAUCUCGAUAUUAUUUAUUCAUGUAGAGAAGCAGCUUAUGCCCCAAAUAUACAAAAAUUUUCCUCAGAAACAAAAUCUAUUUGUUAUUCUUUAUUGUAAUAAAGAAGUUCCAUAGCUCCAUCAAA